AUGGAUGAAACCAGUUCGGAUCAUAGUCCAUCUUUAAGUGACAAUGCAGUUAAAUCUUGGGUGACAAGCUGGGAAUACGAAUUGGGAUGUUUAUCAGAUCUUAAUGGAGGUAGCAGCACUAACAGUGAGAUCAAUGGGUUACAUGGACUUCAUGCGGUGGUUGAGGACAAAGACAUUGCAGCGCGGGCCGUAGCUUUUGUUGUCAACAGCACCAGGAAAGGAAUCGUCCCAUUGUGUGCUGAUAUUGCCACAAUCUUGCGUGGAAGGAGAGGUUUGGAGAAAAAGAUUCUGCAAUUGGCUGAAGAGAAUGCAGUUCUUCGUGACCGAUCUGGACAGAUCUCUACUAGUGUACGGACUAGCCACUCUACAAGCCCCACACCUCCCUCCCUCACAUCAUACAGUGAUAGGAAUUCUUUCCCAGAAAGCAGCAGUGAAGUUAAAACUCAGGAUAACUCCCGCCCAUGCUCGCGUUGUAGUCACUGUUCAAGUCUCAAGUCACCACACUCCUCAAAACUGACAGACUCUUCACGAAAAAAUUCUGGAAAAAUGUCUCCACGAUCACGUCAAGUCUCAGAUUCAAUGGCUAGUUCGACAACUAGCUUACAAACUGUCGCAACAAACAUUCAUCUGUCUGCCUCCCACUCACCUCACUCUCAUUUGCCCAAUGGCAUCGUAACCACGGCAAUAGUACACAACAACCCCUCUCCUAAUGGCAACAAUAUUACCCCUGACUACACUCAACAACAAAAUCGGGAUUAUAAAACGACGGAAUGUAAUAAUACAGAAUGUAAUAACAUGGAGUGUAAUAGCAAAGAGUGUAAUAAUAUAAAGGAUUACAAUGACAAUAAGGAGAUAGCUGAGCAUGCCACGUUAUGUGAUAGAUUGGAGAAUAUAGACUGUCACCAAGGACCUGAACAUUAUAACGGAGGCCUAGAGCAGGAUCCACAUUGUAAAGGUUCCAGAGAACGGAAAGGAAAACUUCCAACAAUGGUAUCAGAACCUUGCCAUGGAAUUCGGAAAGUUAGCCCAAUGGUCCCUAGAUUUGCCAAGGAGUCCCAGUGUGACAUACUCAAGCCAACAGAUCCAAGACUAGAAGAACAAUUACGUGAAAGUGUCAAGCUGAAUGGCAGUCUAGCUGAGGAGCUUACUGCAGCCAGGAAGGAGAUAGCCGCACUAAAAUGUAAACUAAAAGAAGUUGAGAUGCAUAGUUUAGCACGCCACAGCACUCAUCAAUACUACAGUGUUGAGAAUGAGUGUAUUCUAGUGAAUGGUCACACUGAUAUAGAAAGUGAUGACUCUGCCACGAUCUUGCCCACCUUACAACGUCACACACCACGAGUGCUCAAUGGAGAAAGCCACGGUAAAUUCCGAACUGCUAGAAAAAUGACUCCACGUGUGUUGCCAAAACCACCCUCUAACCACUUUGCAAAUAAAUUAAAAAACGGAUACCAGAAUGAAGUGAAAAAGUAUUUAAUAAAUGGAAAACAAAUGAUGCAGUUGAACGACCAUGUGGUUGUUAGGGGCGACAGAACUGGCAAAGUGAGAUAUAUCGGCCAUCUUGAAAAUGUUGGGAAGUCAGUCAAUAACAGCAUUUUCAUUGGAUUAGAGCUGGAUGCACCAGUUGGUCGCCAUGAUGGUAUUCUGAAUGGAAAGCGCUACUUCCAAUGUGCUCAAGAUCACGGUGUAUUUGUCCCAAUACAAGAUGUUGUGUGCCUCGUUGAACACAGGAGACAGCUGCCAAAGAAACCCAGCUUCUCGAAGGAUCUACGUCGCGUGUCAUCGACUGAUUCAGAAAACUCCAUCCCACGCUUGCAUCACCCUAAAUAUAGCAGCCCUCGUGAGAACUCUAGCACCAAGGAAAAGUCUGAGCGCAUACCUCAUACACACUCACAUCCUAGACGUAAAUACAAGCCCAACCCCAUGCUGGAUUCAUUAGGGGAUGCUAUGCCAGAGGGAUAUGUGUGAUGCUUGAGCCCUUAUGUAUAUGGUAUAUACAAGUCUGCACCACACUGCUCAACAACCUUCCAGUCACACAUUACUGCAUGAUAUCAAAGGGCAUGGCUUCUUUAGUAGAGGUCUGAUCUGAUCUGCUAACAUGUAGGCCCAAACUCCAAUGUAACUAUGUAUCAUGCUGCAAACAACUACACAAUUGUCUUGCAGUUUUCAUACUUGCACAGUGGAUCAGAAGGGGGAGGGGGGGUCUAUUGAAAUGAGGCAUAAGGGGUCAAAAAUUAGGUUUUAAGAAUUCAUUGAUCCUGAGAGACCCCCUCAGAAAGUACAUGUUUCAAAUGUAUGUUUAUCUCACACAAUACAAGAAAUUAGUGUAAUUGCACGUAUAAGCAGAUUCUUUGGAAAAUGGAUAUACAGCAAAAAUAUGAUAUUAUGAGAUAUGACACGAACAAUUGUGAAUUGGUCUAUUGUGAGAGUGAGAUAUCUCUGUGAAAAUCUAGAAGAAAGCUUCUGGUCUUGCUAUGUUAGUCAAUUUCUAUUGGAUAUUGUAGCAUAUGUUAUAAUCCUUGACACUCAUAACCAUAAGUAAACUUGUAAAGUUGUAGCACAUGCGUGUCCAAAAUUAUGAUUUCAAAAAGAAAAAAAUGUAUUUGGGUCAAAGAGGUGGUAAGGCAUUUAGGAUUUACUGGUUAGACUUGAAAUACAGUAUUUCCUAUACAAGCUAAGAGAAUCAGUUCCCCUGAUUAAAACUAAGUGCCUCCAUGUCUCUGAUCCAACAGUUAUGCCACAUGCUGAAUAAUACAUCCAUGUUAAGAUUCCAAUACUGUGUAAUAAGAAUUUGUGUACAUAUAUGUACUCUGUACAUAUGGAUGCAAGUCCCAUUAUUAUUUAUUGUAAAAAAUUGAUCUUGCCCUGUAUUCAAACUGAUAUGUAACACCAUCUGUU